AUGACGAAAAUCGCAUCUCUUCGUCUCACUGAUAAAGUACAAUUUGGGUUGGAAAUGAAAUUAAGCGUUUGGACAUCAUUAGUGACUUUCACAUUUUUAGCCUGUUUGGAAAGUUUAGUGAAUUCAGUACCAGCGCCAUCACCAAGCCCACAGUUUCCCUUUACAGUUUUAACAACAAAAAGUAAAGGUCAUCGUAAAACUUAUCGAUCUAAUCAAGAUAAUUCUCAAGGCUUUUCAUUCUUUAGGCUUUUAAUUAAUAAAUUCUUUCAAUUUUCACAACCCCAACAUCACUACGAAGAUGUAGGAUUCGAGCCCGCAGGGUUUGAUAGUUACAGUUUAGAUGACGUUUACAUUCCUUACGAGCACGGCCCACCUUUUAUACACGAAUAAUUUUUACACACGUUUUUUUUUACAGCUGACUCUCUUGCUUAAUUAAAUUUGUUUCUUUACGUAGUCUUAAGGUUCUUUUUCUUCAAUAAAAAUAUUUCACAUAAC